AUGUCACGUCUGUCGGACGAAGUGGAGGCAGACCAUCUCCUUAGCACGUACUCGGACCACGAGGGCGUCCUCCCGACAGAAGACGACCCGGAGUCCCCGGCCAGCUUCCACGCCUUCUCCCGGCCGGCGGCGGCGAAGAAAUGGCGCCGGCCCUCGGUCCACGGAUGGAGCGGCCCCUUUCAAGCCAUCGGUGACGGCCUCCGUGCGGGCUUCUCGCGCCUCGACGCGGUACUGGCCCCGUUCCGCGCCCAUUCGCCGCGCACCGUCAUCCUGAUGCUCGCGCUGCUAAAGUUCGCCCUCACGUGCAAGGGCACGCUGCUCAUGAUGCCGCUGAUGCGGCUCAUCGAGGACGGCAUCUGCCAUAAGCAUUAUCACCUGGGGCCGGCGGAGACGAUCCCCGAGAUGAAGUGCAAGGCCGACGAGGUGCAGACGGACCUUGCGUGGCUGGGUGGCUGGCAGUCUCUCAUCGGGGCUGUCGUCAACAUGAUUGUUGCGUUUCCUUACGGUGUCUUAUCCGACAGGAUCGGGCGCAAGGCGGGCAUGCUGCUCGCCUACCUGGGCACCGUCUUCGCCUUCAGCUGGUCGCCCCUUAUCCUCGCGCACUUCCCAGAGCUCAACAUCUAUUUCCUCUUCUUCGGGUCGGCCUUCUUCCUCAUCGGCGGCGGCAUCGUCGUCGUCUUCAAUAACAUCUACGCCAUGGCCGCCGACGUCAGCACCGAAAAUGACCGCGCUUCCAACUUCGUCUUCCUCUCCGUCGGCUCCGUGCUCGGCGGUCUCCUGGGCCCCGUGACGGGGGGCUUCUUGAUGGAGCGGUACGGGCCCUGGGUGCCGGUCCGGCUGGUCUUCGUCCUCACGCCCUUCGUCUUCCUCAUCAUCAUGCUCCUGCCUGAAACCCUCCGCGGCAAGGCAGACGGCUCGCCCAGACGGCAUCUCUCCCUCGGCAACGCGGUGAGGGAGGCGUUGGACAACGGGCUGCACGAGCUGCGGGAGUCGGUGGCGAUCCUCAAGAACCGCAACAUCCUCCUCUGCCUGAUGCCGUCGCUCAUACAGGGCCCGCUCAUGACCGCGCAAAUGCACACGCUCCCGCAGUACAUUAGCAAGAACUUUGGCUGGACCCUGGCGCAGACGAGCUAUCUCCUGUCGCCGCUGGGGGUGGGCCAUCUCGGCAUCCUCCUUAUCCUGCCUUGGAUCUCCAAGAUCAUCAUGGACCCCAGGGGGCGCUUCCGCCGCACCGGCUUCGGCAAGGACGCGCUCCUGACGAAGGCGUCGUACAUCAUGAUUGCCAGCAGCGCUCUGAUCGAGGCCCUCAGUCGCGAGAUUGUGGUCUUCCUGAUUGGUCUUGUGGUCGGCACGUUCGGUUCCGCCAGCGGGCCCCUUGCGCGCGCGAUGAUCACCGAGUUCGUCGCGCCGGAACACACGUCGCGGCUGUACGCCCUGGCCAGCAUGGUCGAUACACUCGGGUCACCGUUAGGCGGCCCGGUGCUUGCGUGGGCAUUCUCGGUCGGGCUGGAGAAGAAGGGGGGAUGGAAGGGGCUGCCUUGGUUCUACGUGUCAUUGUUGGCCAUGAUAGCAUGGGCGGCAUUGAUGCUUGUUAGGGAGCCGAGGAAGAAGGGCCCCAUUCGCUUGGAUAGCGAGGAUGGCGUUGAGGGGUUGGAUUACGAGUCCGGGGCAGAGGAUGAGCUGUGA